AUGCCCACCAAGGCUUUCUUCGAGGUCCAGUACGCCCCUGUCGGCUCCAGCGCCGCCAAGACGGGCCGCAUCAACUUCAACCUCUUCGAGGAGGAUGUCCCCAAGACCGCUGCCAACUUCCGUGAGCUCUGCAAGAAGCCCCAGGGCGAGGGCUACAAGGGCUCCGGCUUCCACCGCGUCAUCCCUCAGUUCAUGCUGCAGGGUGGUGACUUCACCCGCCACAACGGCACCGGUGGUCGCUCCAUCUACGGCGAGAAGUUCCCCGACGAGAACUUCAAGCUCAAGCACAACAAGCCCGGUCUGCUGUCCAUGGCCAACGCUGGUCCCAACACCAACGGCUCCCAGUUCUUCAUCACCACCGUGGUCACCUCGUGGCUGGACGGCAAGCACGUCGUCUUCGGUGAGGUCGCCGACGCCGAGUCCAUGCAGGUCGUCAAGGAGAUCGAGGCUCUCGGCAGCGCCUCCGGCUCCGUCCGCUCGGCCGUCAAGCCCACCAUCGUCAACUGCGGUGAGGCGUAA